AUGGCAUGGCUGGGCCGUCUCCCCAAGCGGCCCUUCGAAGCGAGCCUCGCAGAUGCGCCGGCCGCGCCGCUAGAUGUGCAAGUCGACCGAGCAGAGUGUGAUGUGACCGACUCCAACGAGCGGCCACGAAGACGCCUCCGGCGACUUGCAGAGGAGGGCCAACAUGAGGAGCUCUUUUGGGAUGCGCCCGAAGUCGCAAGGUCACAUGCCAAUGCCGCAGGCUGCAUCGACUUGUCAGAGGAGACCUCUCCUCCAAGUCACCCGCGCCCAGGCGCCCGCCUGGGCAGCCGCUUCCAGUGGCCGACGGAGCCAGCACCAAACCGAGCAAGGCCAGCGAGUGAGGCGAGGGGGAGCCAACAGGUUAGCGCGGAUUCCGUUCGCCCGCUGACGGAAAGGGAGGAGCCGGAAGAGCAAGACUUGGUGUUACUUGACGCCGGAGUCACUGGAGAUCGUCCCAGGGAGCGUCCCUCUCCAGCCCGUCCCCGAGCCCUGCCCCGAAGCUUUGCAUCAACUCGUCCACCGCCUGCUGCGCUGCCCGUGCUGGAGGAAGCUGUUCUUGCCGGGAUGCUGCCCCCCGAGUUUCUGGGUGCGCUUCCCAGGCCGUGCGUUGCUGGAGGCUGGCGCGCGUCACCCGUGGAUCGUGCGCUGAUCUCCGCCGCCUCGAACGGCGGUGCGUUGGCUUCAGCACUGGCUCAAUCGGUCGACCAGCAGAGUGGCCCCCGGGGGGCACACCGGUUCGCCGCGACGCGCGCCGCCUGCCCCACGCUUUGCCGCGGCUGUCAUUCUGACAUACUGCCGGGACGCCUGAUGAUCUGGUGCAGGAGGGAUCUGCAGCGUGCACAUCCAGCCCAUCCAGCGUGCCUACCGCUGAUCCGUGGGCUGUCCAGGCAACCCUUUGCAGGCCGGGAAGAUGUGCAGUUCGACCCUUGCCUGGACGCUGCCGCCAGGUCGGCAGCCAUGUCGGCGAUUGACGAGCUGCCCGCAGCUGGCGGCGAUCUGCUUCCUCAUGAGCUACAUUUUUUCGCGGCGGGAGGUUUUCAGGAGGCUCCCGCUCCGGAGCGGGCCUCCGGAUCUCGCAGAGGUGGAGGUGGUCCUUCAAGCAGCGGUGGCCGACAGCGACUGCAGAGCCAACUCCAAGCGCGUUUGCAGAACGGUGGCGACUUCACGGCCGAGGACUAUGAACUGCUUCUGCAGUUGGACGAGAACGCCGGGGGUGGAGCUGCCAGGGCGGAGGAGAAGUGCUUGCUUCAAAGCCUCGUGGCAGCUCUCCCCUUGUCGAAAGUGACCGCGGGCAGCACCAUUGCUCAGUGCAUGAUCUGCCUGGAGAAUAUGGAGGUUGGGGCGAAGAUACGCACACUCCCUUGCAUGCACGUCUUUCACCGUAAAUGCAUCGAUCGGUGGCUCUGCGAACCUGGACGCAAGCCUCGCUGUCCCAUCGAUCAGGUCGAAGUGCGGCUGACCGCCUUCCAGGAAGGGCCGGUUUAG